CAGGCGCCCGGGCCGCCGCCAGCCGCAGCCAUGGGCCGGGCCCGGCCGGGGGAACGCGGGCCGCCCAGCCCCGGCCCCGCCGCGCCGCCCGAGCCGCCCGAGCCGCCGCGUCGCCGCGCCCGCGCCCUGGCGCUGCUCGGAGCCCUGCUGGCCGCAGCCGCCGCCGCCGCCGCUGCCCGGGCCUGCGCCCGCCUCGCCGAGGCCCAGACGGCCGCGCGCCAGGAGUCAGCACGGAAGGCCCUAGGGACGGAAGGCCUCUUUCUCUUUUCCUCGCUGGACACUGACGGAGACAUGUACAUCAGCCCUGAGGAGUUCAAACCCAUUGUUGAAAAACUGACAGGGUCAACACCUGCCGCCAGCUACGAGGAGGAGGAGCUGACCCCUGACCCCACCGAGGAGACGCUCACCAUAGAAGCCCGAUUCCAACCUCUGCUCCCAGAGACUAUGACCAAGAGCAAAGAUGGGUUCCUGGGGGUCUCCCGCCUCGCCCUGUCCGGCCUCCGCAGCUGGACGGCGGCCGCGUCGCCCAGUGCAGUGUUUGCAGCCCGCCACUUCCAGCCCUUCCUUCCCCCUCGCGGUCAGGAGCUGGGCGAGCCCUGGUGGAUCGUCCCCAGCGAGCUGAGCGUCUUCACCGGCUAUCUGUCCAACAACCGCUUUUACCCACCGCCGCCCAAGGGCAAGGAGGUCAUCAUCCACCGACUCCUGAGCAUGUUCCACCCUCGGCCCUUCGUGAAGACCCGCUUUGCCCCUCAGGGGGCCGUGGCCUGCCUGACCGCCAUCAGUGAUUCCUACUACACCGUGAUGUUCCGGAUCCACGCCGAAUUCCAGCUCAGUGAGCCUCCUGACUUCCCCUUCUGGUUCUCCCCGGGCCAGUUCACCGGCCACAUCAUCCUCUCCAAAGAUGCCACCCAUGUCCGUGACUUCCGGCUCUUCGUGCCCAAUCACAGGUCUUUGAACGUGGACAUGGAGUGGCUGUACGGGGCCAGUGAGAGCAGCAGCAUGGAGGUGGACAUCGGCUACAUACCCCAGAUGGAGCUUGAAGCCGCGGGCCCCUCGGUGCCCUCAGUGAUCCUGGAUGAGGAUGGCAACGUGAUCGACAGCCGCCUGCCCUCGGGGGAGCCCCUCCAGUUUGUGUUUGAGGAGAUCAGGUGGCAGCAGGAACUGAGCUGGGAGGAGGCCGCCCAUCGUCUGGAGGUGGCCAUGUACCCCUUCAAGAAGGUCACCUACCUGCCCUUCACGGAGGCCUUCGACCGAGCCAAGGCCGAGAACAAGCUGGUGCACUCGAUCCUCCUGUGGGGGGCCCUGGACGACCAGUCCUGCUGAGGUUCAGGGCGGACUCUCCGGGAGACUGUCCUGGAAAGUUCGCCCAUCCUUGCCCUCCUCAACGAGAGCUUCAUCAGCACCUGGUCCCUGGUGAAAGAGCUCGAGGACCUGCGGAGCAACCAGGAGAACCCGUCCCACAGGCAGCUGGCUGGCCUGCACCUGGAGAAGUACAGCUUCCCCGUGGAGAUGAUGAUCUGCCUGCCCAACGGCACUGUGGUCCACCACAUCAAUGCCAACUACUUCCUGGACAUCACCUCCAUGAAGCCUGAGGAUGUCGAGAACAACGUCUUCAGCUUCUCUUCCACCUUUGAAGACCCGUCCACAGCCACCUACAUGCAGUUCUUGAAGGAGGGACUCAGGCGCGGCCUGCCCCACCUCCAUCCCUAGUGUCUGCUGGGCUGGUGGGAAGCCCGGGUGGGACCUGGUGGACAGGCCCCACAUGCCUCAGAGCCGGAGUGGACCUCGGCCCGUUUCAGACUUGAGACCCUCCCACGCCCACUGCACUCCUUGGCUGCUUUGUGGGCUUGAAGUCAGCUGAGGCAGCCACCCUAUCUUUGCCUCAAUGACAUGGGUAGAUAAGAGGGGGUCUGAGCUGAUGGGGCCAAUGAACUGUGAUCUCUGGUGCCACCAUCCGCCCUUCCCUACCCACUCUCCAGGUGCCGCUUGGGCUCUCCCAGCAAGGGCCCCUGACCUCCCUGGACCUCCUCCACCCUAACCCAGUGGGGAGGAGCGGGCGAGGAAGACGGGCCCUCCUCUCCCGAAGGAAGCACCAAGGACCCUGGCCAGGGACCACGCUGUCUGCAGAGCUUCCUUCCUGCCACAGCCUGGCUGCUCUCCUGUGCUUGAUGUCCCCAGCCGGGGUCAGGCUCAGCUGGAGACAGCCUUCUGGAGCCUGCGUGCAGGGCCCUCCUGCAGGUGGAAACCCCCAUGGCUCUGCCGCUCUCCAGACGGCUGGACAGACCUGACAGCAGGGCUCCAGAACCUAAUUAGGGGCCAGGGAGUUUAUGGUGAAGCAGGCUCCUGCCUGAGGCCCAGGGCCAGGGCUCUCCCACCACCUGCCUAGCACAGGGUCACAGCAGGACUGCUAGAGCCAGUGUCCCCAUCACACCUCUUGCCCCACAGACCCUGACUCCAUAGAAAUGUAGCCCAGCCAAAGAACGGCCUCCCCCAGAGCCAGCGCUGUCCCGGCCACCAGGGGUUCCUCAGACCAGCUCGUCUACCCCUGGGUGGCCACUGACUCUCCUUGGCCACUCUCGAGGCCUUGGUCCACUUCCUGAGCCACUGACCACAGCCAGUCUUUUUUUAAUACAUGGGACAAAAGUGUUUUUAUGUGAACUUUCUCGCAUUUUAUAGGUAUUUUUUAUAACCCCAGUGCUGAGGAGAAAGGGGCACGGCCUUCCCCAGCAGCCGCCCAUGACGGCUGGAUCCGAAAUCCUGGAUGGGUCCAGCUUGAUGUCCCUGCAGUUGCGCGCGUGGGAAGAACGUUCCUCCCU